UGUGAUUCAUCAUAAUGUCGUCUGAUCGAACGCAACACGAAAGUUUUCUCAGUGAUCAAAUAAAAGAACUAUUGCUAAUAAGUGCUGGUGAAAAGCAAACAAAACAGGUCAACUGGCUGGACAAUCGAGGAGAGAUCAAUUGGACUAAAGUAGCUGGUUUAUUCGCCAACUGCAUAGUACCCCACAACGAACAACUUACUUAUGACCACUGCCAGGCUGUUACGGAGAAGUUUCACACCUUCCUGGCUAGCAUCCCUCCGAUUCCAUUUAAACCGGAGAAUCUACGUUGGACCAAUCGGCUUACACUGCUAGAAAUAACGCACAAUUUAUCAUGUGGAAGCGAUAACUUAACGGCAACGUUGAUACUCACCUCUGUACUGGAAUAUGCAUUGGGUAACGUUUACCAAACCUUGACCGGUCAGGUUCCACCCCACUUACUAAGGGAUCUUUUGAUGACCGAGACUUUAGUAGAAUUUUUAGGGCCAGAAAAAAUCUAUUUAAUGAGACUGCUGUUGGGAACUCCAAAUGGGACGAAUUUGAGAAACUUGCUGUGGCACGGAUUUCCCGCACUAACAGAAAUAGACAACUCCUACAGAAAUUUCCUUUUUGGGAUGCUCUCGUCCAUUGGACAAACUUUUAACCGUAUAGGAUUUCAACUAAAAUGGAAGUCUUGUUCGAUCAACGUUAGUGAUUUGAUGAAACAAAUGGAGCUGGAAACGGUUGAUCUCAAGAAAUUGGAAAGUGCCUUACAGGAUCACGAGCUGAUCAACGGAAAUCAGUUGGACAUUUGGAUGAAAGCGUUUGAGUUUUAUCGGAGUGGAAAUUAUUACUUCUGCACCAGUUUGGUGCUCCCACAGCUGGAAAUGUUUCUUCGGAGGUUGUACGGUGGACUGUAUCAGUGGGAUUACCGAGCGAAGAUCGAUGAGUACUACAUUAUCAUGGACACGAUAUUUGGAGAAAAGGAUUCCACAGGAAAUCGUAACAGAACUUACGAUUGUUUCAGUCAAUCGCUUCUGGAGCUGUCCUAUGAUCUGAUGUCGGCUGUGGCCGGCUCUCGAUUGCGGGACAAACUUAGCCACGGGGAGCUAGAUUACGGUCAGGUUGAUCAAACCGUUGCAGAUGGAGUUCUCGGCGUUAGUUAUCUUUUGGUCACGAAUGAUCGUCAGUACCGAUACAGUAGCAUUUUUCACCCGAAUGCACUUUUAGUCAGUAGAUUAGACGAAUGUGAACGUUCUUGGGAAAAGUGUUCCGAAAUCAGCAUUCCUCCGGAUUUAAUUGACGAAAGAAAAUCAAUGGUGGAGGAUGAUGUUCCUUUCAUACCGGAUAUACAAUUGUUGCCUAGAGGUUCAAUAUUCAAAAGACCACAGAGAGAAGAUGAAAUGGUAGGGUUUCUUCAACGGAUUUCGAACGUUCUUCGACAAGCUAUGGAUAACUUUCGGAGCUCGCUGGUCCAAAAAUUGCAUGCUUUGGAGAGGCGAGAGUUGAGAUCUCGCGGAAGGAAAACAUUGCAAAGAAUGGUGCGAAUGUUACCCGCAAUUGGACAAGCUCUGGAGUUUGUGCUCAAACUCGUGAGGUGGAUGUUCUAUUACAUAUCUCAGGCAGACGAAAUUCGAGCAGUCGAUUCUGUGAUAAGGUUUAUGAAGAUUAUUCUAAAAUAUACGGAGAAUGCUGCUAACAACCUAGACGCGGGGAACAACGUCUGGCAGCCCCUGUACGAGACGACUCGCCGGGAGCUGUACCCUAAAACUAGACAGUACCAAUCGCUUCUGUUGAGCUGAAAAUUCUUAAAAAGGAUGGUUUUAAGCUGCUGUUAUUUUUGUUUUGUGUUUGAGAAAUUUAUACAAAUUACCACUGUUUAGCUUGAUUUGUACAAACGAGUUUGCGCGCAUCAGACAAAUAAAAACCAAAUCUGAUUUUGGUGGGAACAAAAAAAACCGUAAUAAAUUAUUAAGCACUAUGACACAACUAAUGUUUGUCAAAAAAAUCCAAAAUUUGUGAUCGUCUUUCAUUGAAAGUGUUCCUACUGGAGAAUGUCGCGCGGAUUGCCUGGGGGUGAAUAUGAUUUUUUUUUAGUUGAGUUUGUCUUACUUAGAGAAUACGUCUAGAGUAUAUUUAGUUAAAAACUAAGAUCCAGCUGAGACUUUGCAGAUAGUAGGUACCUAACUUAGGUGAGUGUUCAUUUGUUACAUAAUUU